AUGCUCAGAGAGCCGCAGCAUCCAACUCGAGGUCGCCCAGCGGCUCGGCGCGGCCCUCGAAGGCGGGACUUACCCGGAGGAGCGUGCAAGCCGCGCCGCUCACAUUCCCGGAGGCGCUUGGCCCGGCGGCUCGACGAGGGGGAUGGCUGGCGCACUCGCGCUCCCCGCUGUCGGCGAGAGGCGGCUCCAGUCGUGACAGCAGCAACAAGCAAGUGGAGGCGAGGGCUCGCGCGCGCAUCCCGGGGGCUGGAGGAGCCCCGGCCCCGCGGCCCCGCCCGGCGACACACGGCGCGGAGUCGCGACAGCCCCUCUCGCUUCCCCUCCUCGGAGUCGCGAUAUGGGGUCGUGAAGGGCAAGUAUAGGAGCACAGGUUCGCUCCGCAGGCUUCUCACCGAUGCCUGCCGAGGGCCCCGGGGGUCAAGCCCCGGGGAGCUCGAGGAAGACAGCAGGGACACGGUCGUCACCGAGAAACCGGUUUGGCGGCUGCAGCGGCAGCAGCGGCACACCACGGAUCGCCAGGGAGACCCGUCCCGGCGGCCCUCGCGGCGCACCGGAAGCGGUCGGCGGCGCGUGACUGCACGCGACCCCUGGCGCAAGCGCAACAGCCCAGCCCUAGCUUGGGGGCGGAUCCACACGAACUGCUCAAAGGCUUGGAGGGGGUCUAGUAAGGCGAACGGACUGCUUCCGGCCAGAGAUCCCGGGCGGAGGAGGAAGCUGUGGCUGCCGGCGGUGGCCCCGGCCGCUCAGCCCCCGGGCACUGCUGUGGGGCGUUCAGGUAACAGGGGCGGGGCUGUGCUGAGCAUGCGGGAUCUAGGCCCCGCCUCACCUUUCAGAGCCACGUCGGGCGCUGGGAAGCCUACAAUACCACCCUCUCCUCAGCACGACGUUCAAGGCCUGACCUCAGCUUGUCUCAGUCUUUCCCUCAUUCAGGAUCGGGUUCAUACGUAGUGCCGCAUCAAGUAGCGCCUUCCUCACUCCAGUGAUCUGUCCUCAAUCCGUCUCUCCCACUGGCCCACGAAUAGUGAUGGUAGUGAGUUCCUGGAGUGACUCAAGCUGAGCUGAAUGACCGUAUGGAGAGCCUCCGUAAAUCAAAUAGGAAUUGGAUUGGAUUGUCCUUUCUCUCCAGUGUCACAAGUUAUCCACAUUUGUACAAGUUCCCGCACAAGUCUCACUGUAUUCCAAUCUGCCUACUUCUCUGCAUCUACCGCCAUCACCAACCUUCUAGCCACCAUCAUCUCCUGCCUGGACUGAUGUAGUUCUCCCCACAUCCCCUCUACAGUCUGUUCUCCACGAAGCAGUCAGAUUGAUCAUUUUGCACUGUAAGUCUGAUCAAGUCACUCCCUGCUUAAAACCCUCCAGUGUCUCAUUCACUUAAAAUAAAAUUCAGACGUCUUAGCUUGACCAAGA